GAACCCUUGAGAGUGCGAACCUUUCCGGACGCGUCUAGCUGCAUUUCUCGAGCAUAGGCUACACUUAACGAAGAUGGGGCAAGCCGGUUCUGCCUCGACUGCACUGGUUCCCGUGGAAGUGGGAGGGAAUCUCGCUCUCGCGCUCGUACAUGCGGGAUGGCAGCAAGUGGAACCUCAGCUCAAGAAGGUCUGGGACUGGCUCCUAGGCAUUUUCUCGGGGAAGAGGCUUCCUCAGUGCUCUCUCAUCGUGGGGACGGCCGAGGUUGGGGAACCGUACCAUCGGGAGCGGGUGGUGCGUCAGACCGACAGGCCUUACACCGCCAGGUUCAGGAAAGAUGGAUUCCGGAUCACCGGGAUCGCCGUGACGCCGCUGGACGCGGAGACGUCUUGUCCCGAGGCAGACAUCGAGAAAGGGGGAAUCGGUCACGACAAUGUGGAGAUCCUCCUCACGCCGCUCAAGAGGGUCUGGGACUGGCUCUGUGGCGUUUACACGAGGAGGAGGCUCCCUCAGUGUCCCCUCAUCGUUGGCGCGGCCGAGGUGUGGGAACCGUUCCAACAGGAACCGGUCGUACGACAGUCCGACAGGCCUUACAACGACAGGUUCAGGAAAGAUGGAUUCCGGAUCACUGGGAUCGCCGUGACACCGCUGGACGCGGAGACGUCUCGUCUCGAGGCAAACAUCGAGAAAGGCGGAAUCGGCCAGGAACACGCGGAGAUCUUACUCACUCCGGUGAGCAACCCUCGGGGCUGCCACGUCGACAUCUAA